UGUGGACGAGAGAGUAUGUAACAGAUACAGUUACAUAUAUAUAUAUGUAGUUGGAGCUUUUAAAAUUAUUGCAGAAAGAUAAGUUUUGUGUCUGAUAUGUGUGUAGGUCGUGUGGGGCAGUUUUCUUGGGUAGGUGACGAAGACGCUAAAGAAAGAAGAUGAACAGAGCAGUCUUUUUUACCUUUUUAGCCCCUAUCGUUAACUACUUUUUUAUAAUAUUUUCUCUGUUUUCACAUUUUUUUGUCACGUAAAAUAUCAUUUAAAAUUUUCAAUACAGUUUAAUUUUCUUUAAACUUAAUGUUAAUUCCACAGAUGCAUUAAUUUUAUAGAUGAUUUUAUUUAUCAAAUAUUAUUAGUUGAAUAUGUACGACUAAUAAAAAACAUAAAUACAUUUUAAUUAUUUUUUGAUGUGUGUGAAAAUGAUAAACUGACAUUUUGAAACAAAUAGAAUACUAUUGAUUUGCUUCUAUAUUUACAUGAUUUAGGAUAAAGGAUAAAUUAUGUAAUAAUUUAGGAAAACAUAUAUAUUUGUUGAUGUAGUAAAGCAUAUUUUAUAAAUUGUCCAUCUCAAAAUGUAAAAAGUUAAUAAAGAAUUUACCGACAAAACAAAAGUCUUGGAUAACUAUUUACCUACAUUUAAUGGUUUUCCUUAAAGUCUACAAUCAUUUAUUUCUAUUUUCAGGAUUAUGGAUAAUUUAGGAAUUGCAGAUUUAACUUAAAAUCGUUCGUUACUCAUUAUUACCAGAUCUGAUUACGCGGCCACACGUGUAAUAUUAAGCCGAUCCCAAGAUCAUAAUCGUAAAUUAGUCAAUACUUGCCGACAUCGUAUAUACCAUAAAAAAUAUCAAAUCGAAAUCAUACUUGUUAAAAAAAAAAAUAUUAUGUAUAACAGAUCAUCUAUUUCUGAGAGUGAUGGCAAGACGAAAGUUAAAAAAAAUAUUGUUUCUGAUAGCUACAAAUGGCAGACGAGAAACCAUUGUUCCUUUAUCAUCUUCUCUCCCAAUGAGAACUAAAUAAUUCCUUUUUUUUAAGUAAUGAGAACUAAAUAUUCAAACUCACUAAAAGCACCUCCCGUACAUACAUUGUAUAUUUGUAUCUGAUAAAACUUCUCAAAAUAUAAUAAACAAAACUAAUAUUUUUCUCUGUUUUAUAUUGUAUAAUGUUUUACAUCAAUACAUAUAAUAUAAUCUAAAUUAAUUUAUUUAAUUGUAAAUGGAAAUAAUAAAAUAUAAUUAAUUAGAUAACUUUUUUAUAAAAUUCAAGUUACUUUAAUAUUUUUUAUAUUUCACAAUAUAAGUAGUUUUAACAUCUAAAUACAAUUUUUAUUUAUAGAGUAUUGUUUAAUCAGUUAAAUUAUUUAUGUUUUAUAAUUUGUUGAACAUAUAUAUGAAAUGCUACUUUUAUAAAGGUAACAAUUUUUUUUUAAUAUAGUGGCUUUAGCUAAAACUACUUACAUUUUAAAACAAAGAGAAUAUAUAAGAAAUUUUUAUUGUGAAAUAACAAAAAUUCUUUAAGAAUCCUACAUAUUUAAAAAAAAGAAGUAAUUUAAUAGUGUAUUCAUUAGAAAGAGGAAUUAAUUUAAAAAUCAUACAUAUUGAAAACCAUAUUUUUAUUUUAUUUAUUAUAUUUUGAAUAUAUAUUAUAUAUUAUCGAUGGAACUAUAGAAAUGAUAUGAUUUUCAUGUUUACGAACCAAAAUAUAGUUUUGGUUUAAGGAUUUAUAUUCUUUCUGAUUUAUAAUAUAUGGUGUUUAAAAAAGUUUAUUGUUUCAAAAUAUAAAAUAUUUUGAUCAUUUUAUAUUAACUUUAGUUUUAUCAAAAAAUGAUCAACCAAUUACAUCUUACAAUUCUUUUCAUGAUUGGUCAAAUUAUUUUUAAUUUAUGUAUUAGUAAUGUUUUUACAGAAAACUAAAUGUCUUAAUCUUGUGUCUUUAGACAUAACAUUUUACAUUACGAAACAAAGUGAAUAUUUUUCUUAAGUUGAGCUUGGUCAGGUUAAAAUUAGGUUAAUUUCAUACUAUUCGGUUACUUUUGUGAUUUUCCUGAGCUUAAUUAAAUGUACAAAUCUCAUAGGUAGAUUUAAACUUUUAACAUUAAAUUCAUAGUUCAAUAUUUACAAUUUAAAAAAAUAGUUUUAAAAACUAAACACGUAAAUUAUUCAUAGGGGCACAUUUAUUGUCUUAAUUUUUAAUAAAUGUUAAUUUUAAAUAUUUUAUGUUAUAUCUUGUCACAAAAGAUAUUUUUAAUGUAAUUUAAGAGUAUAUCUCUAGUUAGAUCGGGCCUAAUUUAGGUUGCAUUGGAUAAUAAACCCCAUUGGAAUGGCCCAACUAACUUAUGCGUUUAUAAUAAUCUGCAGACUCUCCUUUGCGUGGCGAAACCAUCUUACCUUCUAACUCUCCUCGAGCGAAGUAGUACCCGAAGUAACUAUCUCAAACGCUUGCCGAAGAUCCUCCGCGAGCUGCUUCGCCAGAGAAACUGGAGAGAAGAGAGCGGUGUGCUUAGCGUUCUGAUGCAAGGGACAGUGAGAGAUGGUUCUCCGACCAUUAAUCGGCUCAAAUACGAGGUUCUGCCUGGUUCGUGUUUUGAAAGAUGGAGUUGCAUUUGAUCCCGCUCUUACUAAGAUUCUUGGGGACAUGGAUCCAUGGUUGCUUCCGUUGAAACCGCCAGAAGAUCAUGAUUGUCAUAGAAAGAUAGUCAAUGACUCUUAUUAUAAGGACGCAGUAGAAUAUAUGCGGCUUACUAUGCAGUCUCCUCGCUAUGUAUCUUUAGCUGCAUUACAUCCACUUGUACAACUUCUCUUAAUUGGAGGUCUUGUAGAUGAAGCCAUGAAAGUGGUUGAGGAGAUGUGCAACAAAGUACAUGACAUCAAACCUUUCAGGAUUAAGGCAGCUAUGAUGGAGAAGUUUCAUCAUCACAACGACUUGCUAGCAAAAUGCUACGAAGAUAUCUUGAAGAUUGAUCCUAGUUGUGUAACCACCCUGAAGAAGCUUAUUGUAAUGUCAAUAACGAUCCAAUAUAGUAGAGAGUCUUUGAUCGAAAUGAUAGCAUUGCAUGUAGAAGCUUCUUUUCCCGAGCCUAUAAUCUGGAAAGAGUUUGCUGAGAUCUUGAUUCUCUUCUUUGAGAAUGCUGAUGAAGACAGAAUGUCGGUGUGCCUAGACGGAUCUGGAGAAGAAGGGAGUCAGCAAACAUACUCUGUUAGAUACAACUCGACACCUAGAAUGUUCACUGAGACAUCAUCAUGGACACUUCGAGCUAAGUGGUGGCUAAACCGCCAUUUCUCCCCUGAGAUACUCGAGGCAGAAAUGAGAAACGGUACAGGAUAUUUGGAGAUGAUGAGAUUGAUGAGUUACAAAGCGGCAUGUGCUUGUCGUAUCUACGGACCAGAGUUUGGUUAUGUGACUAAAGUUUAUGGUCUGCUGGAGAAUAAUAGGAACAACAUUUGUAUGCUGGUGGAGAAUGGUAGUAACAACAUAGGUAGUAGGUUAGUGAAAUAUAGCAAUAGUUUAGAGUUAUUCAACUUUUUGCAAAGACACAGACACAAUUGGAACAGGAUAUACAAUUUAGAAUAGUUUUUACACGUUACAUUUUUUGUUUUAAUAAUUUUUCACUGUAAUUUUGUAUUAUUGUAAGAUUUAUUUUGAUGUAGCAUUAUACUGGCAUCUGCAAAAAAUUUGAGGUUUCAUAAGAUACGUGAGAAGUAGUACCACCCAAGAAAAACAUGUUUACACAAGUUUAAUUAUAUUUUUGUAGCCAUUUGAAUCUACUGUUGCUUUUUUAUCUCCUUGAUUAUCUGGAGUCAUCGUUACUUCGUCAUCCUCUUCUAUUACAAAUUCACAACUUGUUCAAACCAUUACCAAAGCUAAAGCCAUAUGUAACCAUUAAACAUGUUUUACUUAAAAGGCAAGUUACUUUAGCUUUAGGUCAACACAGAUAAUAAAAAGCCUAAGCAAUUGGUAUUUUUAACUUCAAAUGGUAUUAUGGUAUAAUAGAGGAAACUCUAUUCAACACCAGUUCUAUUUCUUCAUGUAAAAUAGAAAUUGCUAUUUUUCUUCUAUAUUUAUAUAUUCGGGUGAAUAAAUAGCUUUCAUGUGUAGCAACUCAAUCUUAUCUCUUCAUUAGAUUAAGUUGGGUUUAACUUAUUCAAAGUGUGAGGAAUUAGGGUUGAUUAAACACUUUUGUAAUGCCCAUUUGAGCUUCAUAAUGUAUGAUUUGGCGACAAAAAAAUUAAAAAUUAAAAAUUAAAAAAUACUACUUUAGUACUUAAGAUACAUAAAUUAUAGUAGACUUCACAUGUUUUAUAGAAUUUUUCUAUUUUAUAGAAAAAUUAUUAAAAAUGGUCUUAGGUUAACACAUAAUAUAACACCCUAUACAUUUGUAACAAGAAA